AUGGAUAUCCUCAAGCAAUCUUAUGCUCACGGCAGCUCCCCGUUACCAUCGAACGCAGCAGUGACUCAGUAUCAUGUCUAUCUUUUUGGUAGUAAUAUCUCCAAAUCACUAUCGCCCUUGAUACACUCUAUCCUAUUUCGCGCCAACUCAGCCUCAUGGGAAUUUCACCUCAGCCAGACCACUGACGGGAACAUAUUCUGGAAGCAAUUACGUGACAACACAUGCAUUGGGACCACAAUCACGAUGCCGAACAAGGUGUCCUUUGGCCUCCUACUCGACGACUUGACCGACGAGGCACGCGUUAUUGGGGCCGUCAACACCUCAUUCGUUCGGCUUGAUGAUCGUGGACAGAGAAGAUAUAUCGGCACAAACACAGACUGCAUCGGUAUUCGCGAUUCUAUUCUCUACCGAAUGCCCCAAGCGGCUGCCAUGGCCAAAGGCCGCCCGUCGAUGGUGAUUGGUGGUGGAGGCGCUGCGAGGAGCGCAAUUUUUGCCCUCUGGAAAUGGUUUGGGUCCACAAAGAUCUAUGUUGCCAACCGUCUCAAAGCCGAAGUAGAUGCUUUGAUCACCUUCUUUCAAUCGACGGCACCGGAUAUGACACUCCAACAUCUCGCUACUGUUGAGGAAGCUGCAACCUGCGAGGCUCCUUAUAUUGUCAUCGGGACAAUUCCAAACGAUACACCAAAAGAACCUGGUGAAAUUAUUUGCCGUCAAAUCUUCGACACCAUUUUGCGCAGGAAGAACAAAGGCAUCGUAGUAGAUAUGUGCUAUCUCCCAUUGCCAGUGACUUAUUUGUAUACAAAUGGACAGCAAAAUGGCUGGGCAGUCAUCCCAGGGACCGAGGUUCUAGUGCGUGUUUGCAUAGCACAACAUAUUCUCUGGUUGGAGAAGGAUGUCAAUAAACAAGGAGUGGAAGAUGCGAUUUCAGCUAUCUGGAAAGUUGUAAAUCAGGGGCAAAGUGGUCCAAAGGCUUCGAAGAUUUGA